AUGGCAAGCUUGAUUGGCUCACCACUGGCGGUGAAACAUGUACCAGCAUGGAAACGGCUUGGUCUGAAGUUGAAGUACGCGAGGGAGGAUGUUCCAAGCCCUGUGCUCGAUCACAAUCCCCAGCAGCCGCCCGUCUUGCCCGCCUCGACCAAUGGAGAUGACCACAAGCACGCUGUGGAACAAGCCACGUCAUCUAGGAAGCGAAAGUUGUCAGAAGACCUUUCGAAUGACUCUCAGUCGCCAUUGAGUGGUGAUGUCGCUUCAACUCCGCCGCCCACUGCCAGGAAAGCUGCGAAACUGAGCGUCGAAAUCCCCAUCACCGAGGAAAGACCGCCCGUUGAAUCAGAGGAAGUGUAUGACAAAGGCACUGAAUCCUCAUUAUCGAGAGACGGCAGCUCUGAUUCCACCACUCAAUCGACACACGAAAAGUCAAAGUCGAGAAGGAAAUCAGUCACUUUCACACCAGAGACCAAACAAGAAGACGGAUUCAGCGCGUCGACUCUGUUCAACAAGUGGUCUUCUGAACUCAAAGCCCAGCAAUCCCAGCAACCACCAUCUUCGAAGCAGAUUGACGACAAAGAACGUAAGCCGAAAGCUGGCAAAGUCAAAACUCAAUCACCGGCGUCGAAGACCAGCAUCGAGCCUCGCUCAGGGAUAUCCGGCAGUGGACCCGCUUUCGUGACUUACCUCGAACUCUUCCACAACGACAGACCAUCCUGGAAAUUCAACAAGAAGAAGCAAAACGAUCUUCUCAAGAACCUGUUCGACAUCGACAAACUCCCCGCUGAGCACAACGAAGCCUUACUGCAAUACAUCCGAGGAUUGUCAGGCUCUUCGGCCUGCCAAAGAGUCGUAGACAGUGCCGAAGCAGUGCUCAAAGAGAUUUUCGAAAAGUACGGCGACAAAGACGAAGCCCACGACAUGGAAGCCGACGAGGCGCGCAGAGCAGCGUAUCGAGACGCGCUGCGCCGUCAACUUGAGAUCUCUGCACGUGCAGGCUGGCCGCAGAGCGAGUAUGACGAUGAGCAACUGGAGGAAUUACGACGAGAGAGGGAGCGAGGAGAGCGUGCGGAGGCAGUUCUUGGCGAGGCGCUGGAGAGGUAUCUGCAUCCUGAGCGAUUCCAAGCGGAGCCGUCUUCUCAGUCUGGAACUACGCACUCGCAAUCUGAAGAAGGCCAAACUGCAGAGGCCCCUUCUAACCAGAGCAAGAGUUCCGACAAUGGCAAUGCUGCGCCCAAACGCAAGAGCAGAAAGUCGCGAACGCAAGACGUCGCCCAGGACUCUGAAAGCGAACAGGACGCUGGGUUUGUCGAACGCAAAGACACUCCUGGUACUUCGCUCGACGCGAGGACCGAGUUGAACGUGGCAGUCAAGCCAACGGGCAAGAAGAAGAUCUUUGACGAUGACCUUCUCGACAAGAUGUUUCCCAAGUCCAAAAGAUAG